UCAAUAAUGAUUUUUGUGUAGUUCUACUUUCUCCUGGGUUUAAAAGAUUGAUCAGUCCUUUUACAGCAAAACUGACCUAGGUUCACCUUCAUUAUAUACCUUUACUUCUUGAUGUUGUUGGUUUGUUGCUUUAAGAUGCUGGUCAUUGGAUGUGCAAGAUUUGGUUUCUCCUGAAGAAGGGCAAGAUUGCAAAUGUUAUUUUUUGUUUAGUUCAUCAUAGCUUUAUAUAUCUCAAGUGAGAAUCUCUUUCAGGUGCGGGCCAACUGUUUUUUCAUUAAAGGAGAAGAUUCAUUCAUCAUUCGAUCCCCACGCCUUUAGGAAGGAUAUACUACAAAAGGGAAGCGGGUUGACCAUCUAAAACGUCUCUGUCGGAGUUCAUGGGAGUUGGGAAGAAGACUGCUGCAAGGAUUGUGGAUUUGAUGCAGGUGUGCAGUCUAGCUUGGACCAAGAAUGUGAACGAGUUGACAGCAGCACCAUGUGUCCUUUUCUUGGACGGGCUCGACUCCAAAGCAACUCAGGUGGCAGUGUUGGAGAAACAAAUAGAUCUUGAUGAUGUCGUUGUCGGUGUCACUGUAACUAUUGCUGCUGGGCUUGCUCUUACCGAUGAAUGAGUGCAAG